AUGUCUACCGGUUCCGGUGCCCACCAAUCCUGUCACUCCACGGCUUCUUUGGGAGGCAAGCAAGACAGUGCUUCCGUGGGAGGCGCCAAAAACACCACCUCUAGCGCUGGUUCGACUAAGGAUGCGAGCGGCAUUUCGAGUGCAUCCAAGCCCUCAUCGGCGCCCUCGCACCAAGGCUCGGCAGUACUUGCAGGCAAUGAAUCUGUCGACAAUGCCCAACCGUUUCAACCUCCUGUCGGCCAAGGAGAGAUGGACGAUCCUAUUGGCCGGUUUUUGUCUGAGACUGAGAACCCAUUCGCUAUUUUUCGUGACGCCAACGGCGAUCCUGUCACUGUUGGGCGCGCUGGACCAUCUAUCGCACAGACCAUAGACAAUAUCCUCAAUCCUACCAAGUAG